AAUUUUCGUUUUCAUUUCCGAUUUCGCGGUGGAAAGUGCGAUCCGCGCGCCUUUUGACAUGAAGUACGAAGAAAGUCAUGCGUUGAAGCGCUACGAAGUGCGCGUCAAUGUGAAGGAAAUGUUGGCGGUGCGAACUCCUCAGACGACUCUCAUGGUGACCUUGGGUGGCGAGCAUCAUCACCUCGCGAUGGACCACAUUAGCAACCUGUUGAUGGAAAAGCAUGUGCUGCACAGUGUUGUCACACACGAUGGACGAAAGACACUGAUUGUUGUGGACGACAUGCCCAGCGUCUGGUCGUGCGCGAUGGAGUGCGGCGUCACCGUGAACAUCCAUCGCGAGAAAGGACCGAUGUCAAGUUUCGUCGUGAACGCGCUCAGUUGUGCGUUGGUCUUGCUUCAGGUGAAGGCGUCUGGAAGCGUGCACAUGGGCCAGAAUGGAACUUUCACGAUGAACAAGCAGUUGCGACCAGAUGAAGUGCAGUGCGUGCAAAUUCACGACCUACGACUUGUCGGGCAGCAUGUGGUGAUGUCGUUUUCCCCCGUGGUGUACGCCAUGAAGACUGCCGAUACAGUCAUCCGAGAAAUGCGAGCAAACCAAGGACCUUUGUCGGACGACAAAAUCUCGCAGAAUGUCGUGACGAAUGCUCUGUUAUACGCUAUUCCUGGCAUGAACGAGUGUCGCAUCCUUCGUUACUCCACGGCGGCCCCACCGCCGACCAACUUGAUGCGAUUGAACCUCGCGCGCGACCUCUGCAAGUUCGUUCCUCAAACCGAAGCCGAAUUCCGAUCCUACUGGAAAGGUGUCCAUCGAAUCCACCUCCCCAACGACUUUGGCGGGUACUUGCGCGUGCAAUUUGCAUCGGGGGACGAAUUCACGUACCCGUCGUCGUGCGUGGCCACCAACUUCCACAUCCUCCACAAGCAGUCUCGUCUCGAAGCGCAAGACAUUGCUCGCAUGCUCUUGCUAACGCUCAAGGCUGGGUUUGGCAAAGCCGCCGUGGCCAUGCACGACGACCACCGCGAAUCCAAAACCGCCCAACUCUUGCCUGCGUCGGCGUUGAUGGGCAACGUCUUUCACUCAGGCACGACACACGCCGACGUUUACGUCGUGCGAAAGCGACCAUACAGUCCGUCGCCAGCAAGCACGAAACGGCGAAAAGGAGGUCGGGUGUAACCUAAGGCAUACCUUUCACACCAUGGACGAUAAAUCCAUACAUUAAUCUACUUUCGUCAUUGUUACGCGUCC